UUGUAAAAAAAAACACAAUGAGACUCACACACAAAAGAAGUGUUCUGACGGAAAAUAUGAAUGGGGAAAAAGCGGUGUUGGGAAAAAGUGAAAGAGAAGGAUAUAGGAAUGAAAAUGUAUUAGAGUGAGUACUGGAGUUACCUGAGCGAUAGAAUUGUUUACAGUGUGGCUUCGAAACAGAGCGCCUCAGUUCAAGCAAAAACCGAGAGCUGGAAUAAAACAGUCUUCUUCGGUCAGGUGCGUUCGAACGUGCGCGCUCGUUUCAUUUAUAAUUCAUAUUCUAGUUUUUUUCUUAGUAAGUACACAAUAAAAUGUUCACGAUAUCGCGCGUUAUCGUCGAUAAUCAUUGAAAAAAUUAUGAGAAGAGCAGCGUUUGUACCGGUUACUGAAAAAGAAAAGCAGGCUUAUUUUGGACGGAAUGAAACAUGUUUUAUUCCAGGAUACACUGGACAUUGCCCGACAUUACGCUUUCAUUAUGGUCAAAGUUAUGGAUCAAAAACACAAGAAAUAAUAUCGGAAUUACGUGAUAAAAGAGUCCUUCAAGAUGCUCAACCUCAUAAUUAUAGAGUUUCCGAUCCGGGGCAGAUUAUAUUAAGACCUUUAAAGCCGAUUGAACGCACUCAAGGGCAAACUAAAGAUUAUUUUGAUGAUAUCAAACACAAAUAUCCAAAAUACAUUAUCGGAUAUACAGGUUUUAUUCCAACUUUAAACUUUAGAUAUGGAAAGUCUUAUACUAGAACUGCUGAUGAUAGUAUGUGUGAAUUCGUUGAACAUGUAAGAAAAACUAAAGAAGCUAGAAAAGAUAAAGAUAGAAUGUAUAGAGGAGCGAGUGCGCCGAUUAAAAUGAAACCAAUUAGAAAUGAAGAUGAAGUAGCUCAAACUAUGAAAGAUUAUGAAGAGUGGAGGAAAUUUAAACCUAAACAUAUUUCGCCGGAUUUUCCGCCAAUAGCUGGAUAUACAGGUCACAUUCCACGCAUUAAAGGUAGUGAAGAAUCAUUAUCUCAACGCUACAAUGUAGUUGUAAAGAGAGGGUUAAAUUUGUUACGCAAAGAACGAGAAAAUCGAGAUGCAAUGAAGAAGAUUGAUAUGAAAAUAACCGAUAUUGUAGCAAAUGCCGAAGAUAAACUCUAUCCAUAUAAAGAUUUUAAAGAUUAGUUUAAAGAUUUUAAUGUGUACUUAAAGCUUUGUCACAAUUUGUUAAGUUUUUUAUGUUACUUUCUCAUUUUAUUCAUUUUUUGUUAAUUAAUUAUUAGGUACAAAUUAAUUUUAAUUCACAAUACUUUUUUAGAAGUCAUCUUUCCAGUAUUUUCAACGAUAUUGAUAAAGAUAUCAUUGCACCAAAUCUGGCUUAUUUCAUAUAAAUUAGUGAAAUUAAGAUCAGGAAAAAAACUUUUAUAAAAAAUUGUAGUACGAAUAUAGUGCCAAU